CAAAAACGUGAUCGAUCGAUUGUGUUGAAUUUUGCAUCGCUUGUUUUCAAAUUUUCUUGUAGGUAAAUCUCUCUCUCUUACUUGCGAAAACUGAAGUUGUGAAAAACGUUGAAUACUAUCAAGUGUUGAAACAAUGGAUCCCAAUUGUCAUAAAGCUAUUCCCAUUGACUACUCUGAAUAUUUGGAGAAGCUUGCGAAAAUAGAUGCUCUGCAAAAAAUCACAGAUAGCUUGGAUAUGUCUCUCGCAGAAUCGGAGAGAGCCAUGAUGGAACUUCAGGAUAUGUUCGAGUACAUCCCUGAGGCGGAGACCCGCCGUGAGCAGCCAGGUGCGGCUGCCGGCGCUAACGACGUGAAACAAGAGGACGUGUCUAACUUUUUGGAUGCUGCUGCGCCAAAGCUGUUAAUGGCGGACAUGCCGGAGAGUAACGCCGAGGAAGUUGAUGUAGAUGAUGUGAUACAGAGCAUGAGAGGCUAUGCUGAGGAGCUCCGAAAUAAUUUCGUGCUGCCCGAACUGGAAGCAAUCCAGGCGCGCGAAGGGACGCCAGAGUUGGACUUAACUCAGUAUGCAACUGCUCUGGAUCAGCUGUGCAGGCGGCUGACUCGCAUGAAACUCAGCCAGCGCCAGAACCAAAGAAACCCAGAUCUUGAUCGCAAAUUGGAGGAGUUGUGCAGGGAGGUGGAAAAGUUUUGUCAGUUGGUGGAAUUACGAACGUAUGUCAGUGAGGCCAACAGGUCGCACGUUACAGUCCAGAGCAACAGCACUCAGCACUAUGACAACAUCAUAAACAGGCUGCUCUCUGGAAUCAAUGAAGUGGCAUAUUUCCUUCAAAAUAAAAAUUAAUUCUCAUGGAUGUAAAGGAUCACAAUGAUAACUGAAAUGUAGAACAUUUUUCUCCCUAAAGAUUGUUGUGGUCACAGAUCUUAUAAUCUUGUCAAAGCUGCAGCAGCACUGCUCCAUGUAAGAGUAUUGUAACCAACUCUUUGUAAUCCUUAGUGUAGAUGGAGCAUGUAAUGGCUAUUUGAAUGUGAUAUGAUUAUUAUGUCUACUAUAACCAGUGCUUUCUCUGUGUUGUACGCUAUAAAAGUACAAUUAAAAAUUCCCAAAAAUUAA